CAAGCCAGUGUCCUCUGGCACGCUCGCAUCCGCGCCUCUGGGGACCUCGCAGACGGCAGCGAGAGCGGCGGGGCGCGCUGGGCAUGCUCAGUCGCCGGGCGCCGGCUCCCGAGUCGGAAGCCUGUGCGCGGCCGCUGCCGCCGCGGAGCCGGCCGGGGCGCACGGAGGGAGCGCGCGCGCCUCCCUGCAGUUGCUCCCGGGCCGCGGCGGAACCGGGCCGGGACCCGAGCUGAGGUCUGCGCUGAGCCCCCAACCGGCCCGCCGCGGCGCCUGCUCUCUCAAACCCUCGCGGCAAAGGAGCCGGCCGCGCUUGGCGUCGGCGGGGCGCGGAGGAACGGCGGCGGCGGCGGCGGCAUCCUAGUCGCCUGUCCCGGCAUCCUCGCCUUCUGCCCCGGCCCGGCCGCGUCCAGGAGCCGUCGGGUAUGGAGCCGUGGAAGCAGUGCGCGCAGUGGCUCAUCCACUGCAAGGUGCUGCCAGCCAACCACCGGGUGACCUGGGACUCGGCGCAGGUGUUCGACUUGGCGCAGACCCUUCGCGAUGGAGUCCUGCUCUGCCAGUUGCUCAACAACCUCCGGGCGCACUCCAUCAACCUGAAGGAGAUCAACCUGAGGCCGCAGAUGUCCCAGUUUCUCUGUUUGAAGAACAUAAGGACAUUUCUUACGGCCUGUUGUGAGACAUUUGGAAUGAGGAAAAGUGAACUCUUUGAGGCAUUUGACCUGUUUGAUGUUCGUGACUUUGGAAAGGUUAUAGAAACACUAUCGCGACUUUCUCGCACACCUAUCGCGCUGGCCACAGGAAUCAGGCCUUUCCCAACAGAAGAAAGUGUCAACGAUGAAGACAUCUACAAGGUCCUUCCUGAUUUAAUAGAUGAAACCCAUGUGGAUGAUGAAGAAGGUCUCUAUGACUGUGUCUACGGGGAAGAUGAAGGCGGAGAAGUCUAUGAGGACUUAAUGAAAGCAGAGGAAGCACAUCAACCCAAAUGCCCAGAAAAUGACAUACGAAGUUGUUGCCUAGCAGAAAUUAAGCAGACAGAAGAAAAAUAUACAGAAACCUUGGAGUCAAUAGAAAAAUAUUUCAUGGCACCAUUAAAAAGAUUUCUGACAGCAGCAGAAUUUGAGUCAGUGUUCAUCAACAUUCCUGAGCUUGUGAAAGUUCAUCGCAACCUAAUGCAAGAAAUUCAUGAUUCCAUUGUAAACAAAAAUGACCAGAAUCUAUAUCAAAUUUUCAUUAACUACAAGGAAAGGUUGGUUAUUUAUGGGCAAUACUGCAGUGGAGUGGAGUCAGCUAUCUCUAAUUUAGACCACAUUUCUAAGUCAAAAGAAGAUGUCAAAUUGAAAUUAGAGGAGUGUUCCAAAAGAGCAAAUAAUGGGAAAUUCACUCUUCGAGAUUUGCUCGUGGUUCCUAUGCAACGUGUUUUAAAGUAUCAUCUUCUCCUCCAGGAAUUGGUCAAACAUACUACUGAUCCCACUGAGAAAGCAAAUCUGAAACUGGCUCUUGAUGCAAUGAAGGACUUGGCACAAUAUGUGAAUGAAGUGAAAAGAGAUAAUGAGACCCUUCGUGAAAUUAAACAGUUUCAGCUAUCUAUAGAAAAUUUGAACCAACCAGUUCUGCUUUUUGGACGACCUCAGGGAGAUGGUGAAAUUCGAAUAACUACGUUAGACAAACAUACAAAACAAGAAAGGCAUAUCUUCUUAUUUGACUUGGCAGUGAUCGUGUGUAAAAGGAAAGGCGAUAACUAUGAAAUGAAGGAAAUAAUAGAUCUUCAGCAGUACAAAAUAGCCAACAAUCCUACAACUGAUAAGGAGAAUAAAAAGUGGUCCUAUGGCUUCUACCUCAUCCAUAUACAAGGACAAAAUGGGUUAGAAUUUUAUUGCAAAACAAAAGAUUUAAAGAAAAAGUGGCUGGAACAGUUUGAAAUGGCCUUAUCUAACAUAAGGCCAGACUACGCAGACUCCAAUUUCCAUGACUUCAAGAUGCACACCUUCACUCGGGUGACAUCCUGCAAAGUCUGCCAGAUGCUGCUGAGAGGAACAUUUUAUCAAGGCUAUUUAUGUUUUAAGUGUGGCGCGAGAGUACACAAAGAAUGUUUGGGAAGAGUAGACAAUUGUGGCAGAGUUAAUUCUGGUGAACAAGGGGCGCUCAAACCACUAGAGAAACGGACCAAUGGACUCCGAAGAACCCCUAGACAAGUGGAUCCAGGUUUACCAAAGAUGCAGGUCAUUAGGAACUAUACUGGCACACCACCUCCAGCUCUUCAUGAAGGACCUCCUUUACACAUCCAGGCAGGCGAUACAGUUGAACUUCUGAGAGGAGAUGCACACAGUCUGUUUUGGCAGGGCAGAAAUUUAGCAUCUGGAGAGGUUGGAUUUUUUCCAAGUGAUGUUGUCAAGCCUUGCCCAUGUGUGCCCAAACCAGUAGAUUAUUCUUGCCAACCCUGGUAUGCUGGAGCAAUGGAAAGAUUGCAGGCAGAGACUGAACUUAUUAAUAGGGUAAAUAGUACUUACCUUGUGAGGCACAGGACCAAAGAGUCAGGAGAAUAUGCAAUUAGCAUUAAGUACAAUAAUGAAGCAAAGCACAUCAAGAUUUUAACAAGAGACGGCUUUUUUCACAUUGCAGAAAAUAGAAAAUUUAAAAGUUUAAUGGAACUUGUGGAGUACUACAAGCAUCAUUCUCUUAAAGAAGGGUUCAGAACUUUAGAUACAACUCUGCAGUUUCCAUACAAGGAGCCAGAACAUUCAGCUGGACAGAGGGGUAAUAGAGCAGGCAACUCAUCCCCUUCUUUGUUCUGUGGGUUUUCUUUUGUAACUCCUCCAAACUACAGCUUUGUCCCCCCUUCUUCUACUCCUUUCUGGUCAGUGUUGAGUCCAAAAGUGCUGGGCAUCGCCAUUGCCCGGUACGACUUCUGUGCAAGAGACAUGCGAGAGUUGUCCUUGUUGAAAGGAGAUGUGGUGAAGAUUUACACAAAGAUGAGUGUGAACGGCUGGUGGAGAGGAGAAGUGAAUGGCAGGGUGGGCUGGUUUCCAUCCACAUAUGUGGAAGAGGAUGAAUAAAUUGCAAGCCAGCAUUGCACUCUGUACCAGAAAUUUCAGAGAAGGGAUAAACAAGAACCUGGACAGCAUUGUGAUGAACUGAAGUGGUUAAAAAGCUGCAUUUCUGGCUGUUCAACAUCCUCCCUCCUUUUCCCUUCCUAAGUGUUAAUGCUGGGAUUUCUAAAGAUGCUGAUACUGACAGAUUAAUGGCUUGCCUGGAGCUGUGCAAGAAACAGCUUGCCGGUCUGUCAUUGUCAGGGACCAGGGCAAAACCAAAAGCUUGUCUUCCCAAAAGAGCCCUGCAGACACCUUGGUUCGUGUUUCUCUUUACUUCUUCUGGUCAGACACCAUGAAUGCCAGCCACUAGUAAAUGUUAAAUGCAUAUAUGCUUUCUUCCCAAAAUUCACCAAAAUUUUUUAUGACACAGAGAACCAGAAGCUUAAUUUUACUUUUCCCAGCAUGGAAAAAAAUUAGAGUUCAUCAUUUGGGCAACUUACCAGAAAGGUCCAGCAUUACUGUCUUAAACUGCCUAGCAAGGAGACUGACUCAUUGCCUGGCAAACACUUUUACCCCCAGAUGUCCCUCGUGGUAAAUCAAAGAGGCAAAUGCUCAGGUUUGCUUCAUAAGUGAUAUAUCCCAGAGAGGUUUUAAUUAUGCAUUUGAUAUCCUGAUUAUAUUCAUAAACUUUCUAUAGAGAAAGAAGAAAACAGCACAUCAAAGAGAGAGUCUUCUUAUUAAAUCCUGAAAACUUUCAUGAUUUCCUAGGGUGAUUUUGGGAAUGUAGUAAUUCACUAUUAUGAAAUAAUCUUAGCUUGCUAUAUUAAGGGUAGUUGCAAGUACGCUGAAUAAGGUGGCAUUGUUUACAGCAACAGAUCAAGGGCUAUAAUUUAUAAUAAGUCCUUUUAUAGCAGCAAUAUUUAUCAACACAUACCUUUUCCUCCCCCCAAAAAAGACCUGGGACAGGUUUGCUGAUUCCUACGUUUUCCUGGAGCAUUUACAUAGCACAAAGAACUACGAUGAGGAUUUUGGAAGGCAAGCACAGCUGGGUCCUUUAUGCAUUUCUGGGACAGAAGGGAGGUCACCAGACUUUUCAGGUCUUGUACACUGUGGGCUUCCAGCCUCCCUGUGAGAAUCUCCCCAUCUGCAGGCCCUUUGUGGGUGAGUUUUAACUGGUGGGAAGAUGAGUUUCACAGUGCAUACAUCUUCCCGAGCCUUCCCUUUUUUAUGUGAGGAGUUGAAAUAUGGGAUACAAAGUCCCCAGUCAAGGCAGUCAAGUUAAGAUAAGAACUUGGCCUUUUCCUGAUUACGUAUUUUUUCCAUAGCAGAAGUCAUGUCCUGACAGGAUUUGAAGAGUGUUGUUUUUUAAAAAAGAGAAGAAAACACUGGAAACAUUAACUUGAUAGAGCAAACUAGGAGCAUUCAGUUCUGAAAUUCUGCAUCAUCUCUGAGAGGAGGUAGGUGGGCCUGCCCCCUACACAGCCCACUUCAGGGCCAGACCUGAUGUUCAGUGGAUGCAUCUCCCCACAUCUUAGAGACCCUCUUGGGCUGGGACUUCUCAGGGCGUUUACCUCAGAAUUAUGUACUGUGAUUGUGUUUUAGAAAAAUUAUGAUUUGCUAAAACCAGUUAAGUUUUUGUAUAUGUGUAAAUGAUCACUAAAAUGUAUUUUAUAAAAUGUUCUGUACAGUAGAGUUAUACCCUCAGAGUAUAUACUCUUAGAGUGGAUUCUUUCCUAUAAAGUCUUAUCUGUGACUCUAUGUCUUGGGAAUGUUUUGUCUAUUACUGUCAGCCAAAUGUUAUGGUGAGAGCAACUCUACAGAAAUUGAAGCACUCCUGUCUAUAGAAUGAUAGCUUGUAUUGUUUAUUUGACAAAUAGGGUCCCUCCCUUAAAAAUAGUGUUUGGUCUUCCUGUAGCAUUUCAUGGAGUUGGGGGUUUCCUAGCAGAGGACGUUAGAGCCCCUCUUCAUGGUUACAUCUUCUUCGUCUGUGUUUAAUACUUUGUAUUGGAAACUUUAAAUGCUGCGAAUUUGUGUAGAUUUCUAAUACCAAAGACAGAAGUAAAUGUUUUUUCCAUAUACUUUGUCUUGCCUGUAUGCAGCCCUUGUGUAAUAUGGUGAAUCAGAGUGGUAUCUCAUUUUGUAAUAUUUUUGUAAAUAUGUCGAUACAAUAAAUAGUUACUACUGCAUUAAAUUGAUUUCUCUAGA